CGCCAGGCGUCCUUAUCCAAUCAUGCCUGGAAUGCAGCUUGCCACUUGGGCUAUUUCUGCUGUCUGUCGCUAUCGGACUUCAACUCAAAGAGUUUGACACAUGGGAUAGUGUUUUUUAUUUCCCCGUCUCUUUCCAGCGUUUACUCGCGCACUCUCUCUCUCUCUCUCUCUCUCUCCUUGAAGUUUGUGGGUUGAACUUUUAAGCUCCCUGGCAGCGUUUCACUGGUAGCUGUGAAACGAAACGCAGCCUCUGUCUGUGAGUAAGGGAAAGAGAGAGAAAGAAAGGAAAGAGGGUGGAUGAGCAAGACAGAGAGAGAGGGAGAGCAAAAGGGGAUCAGACACACUAAACAGUGGGCGAGACAGAUCCAGCAAGAGCUGGACAGAGACAGAUCAAGCCAGACAGGAGAAUGUCUCACCGGCUUCGGUUGUAUUUCGGAUCAGGGCGCAGUAACACUGCGCCGGAGUUGGAGCAACUAAAUGGGACGGCGGAGGACAGAGAUGAGAGUGACUACAGCGGUGCAAGGGCCACUAUGUUCCAUUCGCAGACUCAAAACGGAGGGCGUUCAGAAAGCCCGGAAUCGGGUGCUUGUUCAGACGGCUCUCUAAAGCGAAGCUCUUCCAUGUUCAUCCCACAGCUCCAGAGUCAAACUGAACCACGGACUACCAAGAGCACUUCUGUCCAGAUAUCUCUUCAACGCACAACUGCGCCUCAAGAAGAGGCUUUGCCCUUUGAUCCACCUCCAGGGUACCCUCAGGAUCCAGCUCCAGCUUACACCGAGCCUGAUGAAAGCUGGUACUUACCUCCACCACCAGCUUACCACAGAGGAGAACCCCCAUCCUUCCAAAGCGUGGAACCACUUACUGAGCCCAUCCAGCCGAAGAGGCAAGUCUUUUGCGUCCGGCCAUGUGAUGGACAAAAUGGUUAUGCCACUAUGGGUGUACCCAAUAAUCAAGGAAUUACCAUUGGAGGUUUCUGCAUUCGAAGAAGAUCUGCAGAUGGUGCAGACGUCCAACAGUUUAGGAUCAUGCCGUACACCGAGAACGCCCAGAAUGGCCACCGCUGGUCUGUCCAGCAAACCUCAGAUCGAGGUCCUGGCACGCAAAGACUUGUCUUCCAGCUUCAGCAGGAUCAAGGACAGCAGCCUAGCCCUACUCCUCAGGCUGAUGUGGGUGAUUUGGGCAUCACGGGUACUAAAGGCAGCCGCUUUGUGCGGUACCCUCGAAUCCGACUUGAGAGGAGCGCUUCGCAGCCGUUGCAACCCAGAGGAGCUCCUUCCCGCCUCGGAUCUAUGCCAAACCUUCAUGAGCCGAUCUCCGAAAUGGAGACCGAGAGUGAGAUCGCUGAGAACGGGGCUCAAGGUUGUACAUUCAAAAUCAGGAAGGAGCAGAGCUCCCGACAGCCCAAGUUUAAGAUCUAUUUCAGCCAGGGAGGUGAGCACAGCCCCAUCCUUGCACGGGAUGUUAGCUUUGGAAAGGCGCCUACCUGCAGCAACUCACAGGCUCACAUUGGUCGUGAUCGGUCCAAGAAUGGGCAUUUCAACCAUAGUCAGACCAGAGAUGACUUCCUCGGGCAGGUGGAUGUGCCUCUUACCCAUUUACCGACGGAGGACCCUGCAAUGGAGCGACCGUACACGUUUAAAGACUUUCUCCUGCGUCCAAGAAGUCAUAAGUCUCGGGUGAAAGGUUACCUGAGGCUGAAGAUGGCCUACCUGCCAAAGAACGGAGGACAUGAGGAGGAAAGCAGCGAGAUGAGAGAAGAAGCUGAGGGCUGGGAGGUUACAGACUCCACAGAUCCAGGUUCACAGAGACCUCAGCAGCUCCUGCCUCCGCUGCCUCCGGGCUGGGAAGAGAAGGUGGAUAACCUGGGACGGACGUACUACGUCAACCACAACAACCGCACCACACAGUGGAAGAGGCCCAGUAGUGUGGAUGUGGUUUCAGAAACGGAAAAUGAUAAUCACUUGCGGCAGAUUAACCAGGAAGCCCACAGAGUUUUCCGCUCUCGACGGCACAUUAGCGAAGACCUGGAAAAUGAGCAGCUGGACAUCAGGGACAUAGACGACUCAUGGGAACCCAUAUCAGAGGAGGACCCAGCUUUAAUGACGGACGGUCUGAACCAUUCUCUCUCUGGACCAUCCUCUCUGGCGAUGCCCCUCUCUAGCACUCCCGAAUUCUCCGAUGAAAUCAGCCUUAGAUUGUCUCUUGCCCCAGACACGAAUGGAGAAAUCCCAGGACCCAGCUCUGCUGUGCAGAGUCAUCUUUCCUCUCGGCUACGCUCCUCUAGUAUGACUGAUGGAGUCAGUGAUCAAGCUCAGCCUCCCACACCAACGCAGAGCUCCCAGACCCGACGAACAAGAGCACAAACGGUCACAGGCGUUGAGGAUACCAUGUCUCCAUCGGCCUCCUACGCCUUGACCACACCAGGCCUUCCACCAGGCUGGGAGGAACGCAAAGACCCCAAGGGACGAACGUACUACGUCAACCACAACAACCGUAGCACCACCUGGACGCGGCCCAUUCUGCAGCAGCACACUGAAGAUGGAGCCAGUACCUCGGCUGCGGCAGUAGGGGGCGCUACAGCAGCCACAACCCCCGCUUCCACCCCUUCCUCUUCCAGCGGCCACCUAAGUGAACCACAAGUGCGCAGACCCCGUAGCCUCAGCUCCCCCACAGUCACUCUCUCUUCCCCACUAGAGGGAGCCAAUAACGCCCAGAUACGGCGAGCCGUAAAGGACACGUUUUCCAACCCUCAGUCCCCGCAGCCUUCUCCCUACAGCUCCCCCAAAUCCCAGCAUAAAGCAAACCAGAGCUUCCUGCCCCCCGGAUGGGAAAUGAGAAUAGCACCCAAUGGACGGCCGUUCUUCAUCGACCACAAUAGCCGAACCACCACAUGGGAAGAUCCUCGCUUAAAGUAUCCCGUUCACAUGAGGACAAAAGCAUCCCUGGACCCUGGCGACCUCGGCCCACUUCCUCCUGGGUGGGAGGAACGAGUGCACGCAGAUGGAAGAACCUUUUACAUCGACCAUAACACCAAAAAAACGCAGUGGGAAGACCCUCGCCUCCAGAGUCCUGCCAUAACUGGACCUGCGGUGCCAUAUUCCAGGGAAUUCAAGCAGAAGUAUGACUACUUCAGAAAGAAGUUAAAGAAACCCGCAGAUAUUCCGAACCGUUUUGAGAUGAAGCUGCACAGGAAUAACAUCUUGGAGGAGUCGUACAGACGGAUCAUGUCGCUGAAGAGACCCGACAGCCUGAAGGCCCGUCUGUGGAUCGAGUUUGAAUCAGAGAAAGGCCUGGAUUAUGGGGGCGUGGCCAGGGAAUGGUUCUUCCUGCUCUCCAAGGAGAUGUUUAACCCUUAUUAUGGGCUGUUUGAGUACUCGGCCACAGAUAACUACACCCUUCAGAUCAAUCCAAACUCUGGUCUCUGUAAUGAGGAUCACCUCUCAUACUUUAAGUUCAUCGGUCGGGUGGCUGGCAUGGCUGUGUAUCACGGAAAACUGUUAGACGGUUUCUUCAUUCGACCAUUCUAUAAAAUGAUGCUGGGCAAACAGAUCACACUGAAUGAUAUGGAGUCAGUGGACAGUGAAUACUACAACUCUCUCAAGUGGAUUCUGGAAAACGAUCCUACAGAACUGGACCUGCGGUUCUGCAUUGAUGAGGACAACUUUGGACAGACAUAUCAGGUGGAUUUGAAGCCAAGCGGAUCAGACAUGGUUGUAACCAAUGACAACAAAAAAGAAUACAUAGACCUGGUGAUUCAGUGGCGGUUUGUGAACCGGGUCCAGAAACAGAUGAAUGCCUUUUUGGAGGGCUUCACCGAACUCAUUCCCGUCGACUUGAUAAAGAUUUUUGACGAAAACGAACUGGAGCUGCUGAUGUGUGGUCUGGGUGACGUGGACGUCAAUGACUGGAGGCAGCACACCGUCUAUAAGAAUGGCUACUGUCCCAAUCACCCUGUGAUCCAGUGGUUCUGGAAGGCUGUGUUGUUAAUGGAUGCCGAAAAGCGGAUCAGACUUUUGCAGUUCGUCACUGGAACAUCCAGAGUGCCAAUGAACGGCUUUGCUGAACUCUACGGUUCCAAUGGGCCGCAGUUGUUUACUAUCGAGCAGUGGGGGACACCUGACAAACUCCCUCGUGCUCACACCUGCUUUAAUCGUCUGGACCUCCCGACGUACGAGUCGUUUGAAGACCUGCGCGAGAAGCUUCUGAUGGCGGUGGAAAACGCCCAAGGCUUUGAGGGCGUCGACUAAACAGAAUCCCUUUACGUCCGUGCGAUCUCCUAACGCAACCGACGAGCAAAGACAUGUACAACACACGUGCACACACACACAUCUAUACUCACAUACACACUCUCGAGUUGCCAUUGUACAGCCAGAUCCCAGCGGUCGCAAGUGUGUGACGUCAGCACAGUAUAUGCAUGUAAUCUGUUUAGCUGGAACGGCAUUGGCUGCGAAACCCGUUUCGACGCCAAACAGCCCACAAAUCAUGUUCUCCUAACACGUUUUAUUUUCAAAUUCAGCUCUGAGGCCCUGAAAACUUGUAUAUUGAUGAUUCAGUAUUUGGGUGUGGCCUCAGAGUGGGCGUGGCCUUGACACAGCAACCAAUCCCAUUCCGCAUUAAUUUCACAAAUAUAAGUUCAGUGAAGAGGCAACUCUCGCAUCAGGUCUUACUAACACCAGAUUACCUUAGGAAUCAGAGCCAGGAUGAAGGGCGCAUCCUCAUCCUCCCUAAUCCCGCAAAAUACGCCAAGUUUCCCCUCGCCGAGGAUUAUUUUUUUAUCUUCUUUUGCAACGCCAAGAAGCAACGGGAAUUGUUUUUAAUAAUUAUUAUCGCUGUUAUUAUUCUUACCGAGUAAACGGAUAUUUGUACCAACAAUGUGGUUUACUAUUUUAAAAUGACGUUAAUGCAUCAGUGGCCUGGCUAUAUUCAAUAUCCAUAUCAUCGUGGGUAAAAAAAAAAAAAAAAAAAAAAAAAAUUGAGAAAAAUGAAAAAAAGAUCAUGAUUAUUGUAUUGCUAUGAAAACUGGCAUGAACAUGUAUCUUGUGUUUCAAUAUGAUUACGUAGUAAUUAUAAAGCUAUUCUCCUUCUUGGUCGAGAGCAAAGAUCGAAAAACGUUUUGGAAAAUGAGAGAGGGUUUUCUUCAAUUGUAAUAAGUAUUGUUCUUAUCUUUAUUAUGAUUAUACCUGUUCAUAAUGCUGUAAAUGAGUUUGUUUCGGAGGUGGGGGAACGAUGCGAUUGGACUUUUACUGUACGUGUUAAAUCUGUUUGAAGUAUUAAAGAGCGACACGGAGUGAAGCUAUCUUAAAAGCGCUGUGAUUCAACACUGCGAGUCUCGUAGACUUUCAGGACGUAAACUUACUUUCUUUCUUUCUUCCUUUCUUUCUUCUAACACCACUGUACCUAAAAGGGCACUUUAUUGAUCACAAACUAGGGUCAUGUCACCUUUUUUGUUUUUUUGUGAACUUGAAUGUGAUUAUCUAUUUUGUUCUUUUAAAAGCACUCGGUUCCUUGGUGCAAUAUCUCUCGAUUAUAAUCGGCCUGCAAUCUGCUGCUAACAUAUCAGUUCACGGCUCGUCCCCGCAGCGGAUCCGGAGUCACUCCGCUUCGUCGGUGCGAAUCCGGAUCGGCUCUGUAGGAACGAGUUCCGACUUCAGACUUGUUCUUUUUCUGUUUUCUUUUUCGGUCUUGUAUCUGUACGCCUCCUCCCCACUCACACUUUUCGGGCCGCUGUGGCUCUGUAGGUUUGUGAUAAUAUUAUGAUUAUUGUUAUUGUUAUAAAUUACCCUUCCUCUUUUGUAGGGGCAGUUCUUUUUUUAUUAUCGAUGAGGAACAUUUACUGUCUGGUUCCUGCUCACCACGAGACCUUGCGAUUCGUAUAACUUCGUUCAAAAUAAACUGAUAAAUGGAA